AUGUCGAUUUCCUGGAUAAUUCUCUUGGAGUCAAUUUCUGGCACCAAACAUGCUGAGGAGGAGUGCGAGAGCGACCUGGUGGAGCGAAUGCCCGCCCUGGAAGGUCCGUUUUCAGCUCUCCAUACCCUGCAGCUGACAAACACCUCAUUUGUCAACUGCAUAAACGAUCCACCAGGACCUGCCAAGUUGGGCAUGGAAAAUGUGAAAAAAAGGCCAGAAAGAAAACCUGAUUCAACUGGAAGCGGUAGUUCCAAAAUGGUUGCAAGGCACCUGAAAUUCCUCGACUCCUUGAAGACUUCUGACAAAGAGAAUUUCCUCCCAGCUGUAAUGAAGAGAAGUAGAGAGAAGUUGUGGACUUUCAGCCAGGUGGACUUUCAGCCAUCUUUCAUAGAGCCAGCUGUAUCAUCUGCCUGCAAAGGCUUGUGCCAAGGAGUUGGAUCCAUGGAAGCGUACGACCGGGUGGCAAAGGUGGGCCCAAAACAUCAAGAACUCAGGAAAGAGGAAGGGUUGCUCACUCUACUGAUGCAGAAGCUCAAUACGGACAGAGACGAACUAAAGAAAGUAAUUGACCGCCUCCGGGACCUGAACGAUGAACUUGAAUCACUUAAUAACCGGAAGAAAGAGCUUGAAAACAACAUUGAGGAAGGCUCUCAGAAGCUGGAAAGGGCUGAAAAGAUGAGCUUGGGAGGAAAGGAGGAUUGGGGCACGGAAGCAGCAAGCUAUAAUCUUUCCAUUAUCGAGGUGUCUGACUCCACUUACGUAAGGACUUUGGAGAAUGCCAUCCAGUUUGGAACCCUAGUCUUGCUUGAAAAUAUCGGCGAGGAAGAGUUGGGUGCCCUCUCAGAGCCAGUGCUGCUAAUGGCAACUUUCAAACAGCAGGGUGUAGAGUACAGGAGACUGAGAGAGAACGUUAUUGAGUACUCAAGCAAUUUCAAGUUUUUACUCAAUGGAUUUCAAGUGGAAUACUACUUGGAGGAGUCUGACCACGUCACCAAGGAGCCCAUGUCUCUGGUUAUGUUGAAACAGGUAGAUUUUAUGGAAAUUUGUAUCUGUUUUCAUUAUCUACUGUAUCCGUUGCAAGAUCAGUAUUAUGAACAGAGACUGAGAGAGAAUGUUCUUGAGUACUCAAGCAAUUUCAAGUUUUUACUCAAUGGAUUUCAAGUGGAAUACUACUUGGAGGAGUUUGAUCAGGUCACCAAGGCGCCCCUGACAGCUCUUCAGCCAACCUGGAUUCAGACCUCCGCAGAAACGGAGAAAAUGGUGGUUCUCUUAGAAAAAGUAACCACUGAGGUUUCUGAUGCCAAGGAACAGCUAGUGGGUGCAGAUGAAAAGGAAGCCAAUGAAGCGGCCGCCAUUGCCCAGGGUAUUCAGGAGGAGUGCGAGGGAGACCUUGCCGAGGCAAUGCCAGCCCUGGACUCUCCCCUUCCGGCUCUCCACACCCUGAACCUGGCAAAUACCUCCUUUUUCAAACCCAUGCCGGAUCCGAAUGGACCUGUCACGCUGGCCAUGGAGAGCGUGAAAGAAGGGGUCAGGGCCGUUGAAGAGCACGACCGUGCCGCAAAUGUGGUGGCACCCAAACAUGAACAACUGAGAGAAGCUGACGGUUUUGCCCCCGGUGAGAAUGAAUGA